UUGGGGGCUGCAUGCGGCCCAUGGACCACCAGUUUGAGAUCACUGCUCUAAAGAAAAAACUGUGUGAGGCAGGUAUAGCACUUAGUCCUUAGAAAACUAGGCCACACAAUAAACAUACUCUAGGCAUCCAGCUGUGUCAUCUUCCUCCCUUUUAUCUUUUGUUCUCCUAUAUCAGAAUGUUUGCAUAUCGACUUCAGUUUAAUUUCAUAACAUAUGUUUCAAAUCAUUUCAUUUCCCCAUUUCUGAUUUUGUUAUUAUAGUAAGAUGUUAAAAAUAUCAUUAAUAAGAAGUGAAAACAGUUAAUGUAUCCAUUAACAUUAAGUACUUUUUACAGAAAUUAUCCUAUUUUACCAUCUGCUUCAGAAGUCGAAGACGAUGAUGUUGCACUAGAAAGGUCUAAAGUUUUAGGAGGACACUGUAGUAAUGCUGUCUUGAGAAUGGAGAAUUUGACAAAGGUAUAUAAACCAGGACAAUAUCCUGCAGUAAAUCAGCUGUGCAUUGCUGUCCAACCUGGAGAAUGUUUUGGUUUGCUAGGUAUGAAUGGUGCUGGGAAAACAACAACUUUCAAAAUGCUGACUGGAAAUACACCUAUCACGUCAGGAAAUGCAUACAUUGCUGGACAUAGCAUCAAGACUGAUAUAGACAGUGCUAGACAAAGUAUAGGUUACUGUCCUCAGUUUGAUGCUCUAGAUUCUCACCUGACAGGCUAUGAGCAUCUUGAAUUUUAUGCACGUCUUAGAGGAGUUCCCGAAAAACAUGUUCGAAAGGUUGCAGUUUGGGGUAUCCGAAAAUUAGGUCUUCUUCCUCAUGGUCAUCGUUGUGCUGGAACUUAUUCAGGAGGAAAUAAAAGAAAAUUAUCUACAGCAAUAGCUCUUAUUGGAAAUCCAUCCGUAGUUUUUCUGGACGAACCGACCACAGGAAUGGAUCCAAAAGCCAGAAGGUUUCUCUGGAAUUGCAUCAUUGACAUAGUCAAAGAAGGACGCUCUGUCAUUCUUACGUCACAUAGUAUGGAAGAAUGUGAAGCUUUGUGCACAAGACUUGCUAUUAUGGUGAAUGGCCAGUUUCGUUGUCUGGGUAGCAUACAACAUCUUAAAAAUAAGUAUGGCAAUGGAUAUACUUUGACAGUUCGUGUAGCAAACGAACCAAGUGCCAUGCAAGAGGUACAAAAGUUUAUUGAAAAUACUUUUGGGAAUGCUGCAUCCCUACAAGAACAGCAUUUGAAUCAGAUGGAAUAUCAGUUGGCUCCAUCGUUAUCCUUAGCAGUAGUAUUCCAAGAAUUAGAGAAAGCUCGUCAGCUACUGCGUAUAGAGGAUUAUUCUGUGUCUCAGACCACGCUAGAUCAGGUGUUUAUCAGUUUUGCAAAAAUGCAAGCAGAUGUGACAGAAGGAGUUCCAACAGAGAGUAUAGCUCGUCAAAUUGUCCGAAAUAAGAAGGGAAAGAGGAUAAAGGAUGGCAAUGAAAAUGGUGCUGCUGUUACUGGCGAUAUAGAGUUGCUGGUCCGACAUUCAUAUGCGUCUAGUAACAAUCAAUCAUUUGCUACACAUAUGGUUUGAAAAUAAAACUCUGUUUCUCACACAUUACAGAAACCUGCCAAAAAGCUCAUUUUCAUGAACUUGUAUUAUAUACUCAAGUGAAACCAAGUUGCAACCCUUGUUGUAUUCUGAAUGAAAGCAAAUCCAUGUUUCCUUUAACGUUCGUCAAAGCAGUAACUUCAAUAUUUUCUAUUUAUUAUAGCUGUGAUAUAUGUUAAAUUUUGUGUGUGUUUAAGCGUCUUCAUGUAUUAUAUAUAUAUACACACAUGUACUGUCUGCGUACAUUGAUUGUCCAUGUGUAUUUGCAUAUGCACCAGCAAUUUUUUUACAAGAUUUUGUCCUUGACUACCAAAGAAAAUCAUUUCAUAGUAAAUAGACUCAGGGUUAAGUGAAGAUUUUCUUAAUACCAUUUCCAAAUGGCGAUGCCACAAUUGUGCACAUCAAAGUAGUUUACAGUGCAGAGUUUUUUUUUUUUAAUUUCAAUAAUAAAGUAUUUAUUCAAGGUUCUAUAUUUCAGUAUCAUCCUAUCUCUUUUUCAUUUUAAUGUUCAAUAGAAUUUGAAGCUGCAAUUUUAUGCAUAUCUUAAAUUGCUUCUACUGAAAUUUCUGUAUUUUAUGAGGAUAUUAUAGUACAUCAAAAUAUUAUUCCUGACAUGUUUUUAAUCUUCUGAUUGGCAUGACUACUUGGAUCUGCUCUUGAAGAACUGUAUUUAAACAGUAUUUAUUAGUUAAGUUUAUAUAAUUAAUUACUUUAGCCUGUGUUUUCAUAAACUUCUAUUCAUUAAAAUAAGAUUUAGAUCAUCAGAGUAAAUAAGAAAACAAAAUAUUUUAAAUAAGUAGGUAGUAUAUACCAAAUAACAAAAAAAAAAAAAAAAAAAAAAUCUCAUGAUCAGAAUAAGGGCAGUCGUGUCAUUCGGGAGGUUAAUCUGUAUUUCAAAGAAUCUGAUUGUUGCAAGAGCUGUUAAAGUAAUUUUAAAACAAGGCAAAAUGACUGCUAAAUAUAAAAAUAUCACAAUUUUAUUCUAAAAAGAGAGAAAAUUUAAUCAUAGAAGCAAAUGAAUUAUUAUGAGAUUUAAACUUUGUGAAAAUUUCACAGCUGUUGUUGUGAUAAAAUUAAAAAAAGAAAAAGGUCAAUUUAGAUCAAAGGUAAUUUUUCAGAAGCUUAUUAAUUUGGCUGCAUUGCAUUACAUUAAAUAGCAUAAAAUUAAUGAAAAAGAGAUUGUAUGUGAUAUUGAAUUUGAAAAUGAGAGUUAGUUGAAUGUGGUUUAAUUAAAUAAGAUGAACCUGUGUUAUUAAGGCUAAAAUCAGAUUAUGAGUGAUGUUUAAAAGAAAACAACAUUUGAAAUAAAAUUAUAAUUGCAACAGUCACAAAACUGUGUCAGAAUAAAAGUUCUGAAACAGAAAAAAAUAUUUAGAAUUGAUUCCGAUUUUUUAGAAGACAUUGAAAUGAACUGAACUUGUAGAUUUCAGAAAAUACCAAUUGUGUUGCUAGUAUAUUUGCUUCUGCAUUUUGAGCUGACUUCAAACUCAUUCAAAGUUGCAUUUGUGUGUGCAACACAAAGAAAAUUCAUUUAGUGAAUUUUAAGUUCAAUUAUGUAAAGAAAAAUUUUCAACACAUUCAUAAUAUUCUUGUUUGGGAUAUCUCUUUUCAAAACCUGUAUAUAUUUAUUUGCAAGCAGACUCCCUCCCUCCAUAUGAAGCAUGGAAAAAGUGGGCUUCAUACAGAAAAAAAAAUUAGCAAAAAUUUUAAAUAAAAAAAAAAACUGUAAUCGCAAAUCUCAGAAAAACAUCUCAGAUAUACUUGUCAAAAUUACCACCAUGAGCUCUGAAAGUUUGCAUACCCAUGAUGUAGAUGGUGAUAUUAAUAAAUUAAUUAAAUCAAAAUCUGUGUGUAUAAUAAAAAAGCAAAAUAAAUUAAUAAAAUCAAAACAGUAAGUUUUAAUUACUGUUCUAAAAUAAGUUUCAAAAACCAAUUUAUAACCUUUUGAUUUAUUCAUCUCUGUUAUUAAAUAAUGAAUAAUUUAUAUGUAUGAUCCUUGUGCUGUGGAGAAACAGACACCUAGAUCCACCAAAUUUUGAACAUAAUCUUACCCAAACAUCUGCAUCACUAAAGUCCAAAUUUUGAAUUUGUUUUUUAUGUUUUAUGUAACUUUAUGAAACUAUGAUUAACAAACUGAACAAUUUAAAUGUUACUCGGCAAAGCAUAAGAUAUUCAUCUUUUAAUUGUAAUCAACAAACUCAGCGACAAUUUUAGACAAAAUGUCUUGCCACAUCCCAAAAUAAAAUAUUUUUAGCUUCCCAUGUACCAGUUUAUUUCUGUUUGCCUGAGUUUCUGUUGGCCAUAUUUAAUUUUUCUUUCAAAUUUAAUCUAUUAUUGAUUACCAAACUAAGCGAUUGAAAAGCAAUAAAUACAGUUUUUCAUCUCUAUUAUUAUUAAUUACUAGCUGGACUCACUAAAAUUAUUAUUUAUUUUUCCUUUUUUAUUGUUACUAAUUUAGGCGGCUGGCCAUGCAAAUGGUUAGUUAUUAUAAAUUUAUAGAUUUAAAAUUUCAAAUGUAGGAUGGUAAAAAUAUAUUAUCCACAUGGAUUAGUUGGUAAUAGCAAAUUAUAAGUUUAGAAUGGACAUCAAAUUAAUUGCAUGUAAAUAGAGUUGUCCGACAUAUGGCCUGCAAGCCACAGUCCAACUCACCAAAGAUUAGAAUCUGAUUUCUGACUACUAAUUACAGUUUCAUAAAAUUCCAAGAUAAAAAUAAAAUUUACAAAGUAAGGAAAAAAUGUCUUUAAAACAAUGAAAAUCAGGAGAAUCAUUCCUUGAAUUUUUAGUUUUUGUUGAAUUAAUUUUUACUUUAUGGGAAUCAAACUUUUUGUAUUUUAUUUUUUAUAAUAAGUAAAAAAUUUUCCUGGAUAUAACUAUAGGGACUAGGAAACUGUAUAAAAAAAUUAGAUUUUUUAAUUAUAACAAAGUUUAUUUUUAAAUUUUAAAAUGUCAAAACAUGAUUCUGUUUCAAUCAUUUUAAAUAUGUUUGUAAUUGGAAAUAUAUGUACAUCUCCAAUGGUUGCAAAAAUAAAGGCUAUAAAAUGACUUUUAUUGCUAAAGUUUAUAUUGUGGAAAGUAAAGUUAUAAGUUGAUGUAUAAUUUUGUAAUGUUUAAUUUUCUUUUUCUUUUCUGAUGCUUUUAUUUUACUGUUUUACUGAACACAAGUAACCUAGGAUAUGCGAUUUAUUUAUGUAACCUAGGAUAUGUGAAUAAUUUUUAAGCGACAUUUUACACAAAAUGGUUGGACAGCCCUAAUUUAGACCACUUACUUUGAUGCUUAAAUGUAUGUAUAGCCACAUUCAUAAAAUUCAUGUCACCUGUUUUAUUUUUAACUUUGUUUUCUUGUUAAAUUGUUAACAAAUAUUUCUGAGAGAAAUUCAAGAAGCAUAUAUACCUGACAUAAAAAGUGCAAAUUUUGUUCUCUGUAGAUUUUAGGUUUCAAAUUUUAUUAAUAAUUUUAUGAUUACAAAUUGCGAUUUUUACAUCUUUGUUCAUCACAUGUUCUUUCUUCUAUUGUAAUAAGAUUAUUUUUUAUUAUAUAAUUAUUCUUUUGCAUUACAAACUAUUUUGUUUAUUUAAUUAGUUUUUUUAUUAAUAUUACACUGUGUAUUAAU